UCACUAAUACAACGCAACCAACCAUUAACAUUUAAAUAUACUGAGGAGUCUUUGGUGAAAUGAAAUCCCCUGUGUCUGUAUGUUAUUAUGUACAUGGGUCAGUGGCAGCAUGCUAGGAAUGACUGUCCAGGUUCAGUGAGUACCCAGGUUUUCUGAAUACAAGAAAUGAGGAGAGAUGAUAACACACAGGUUGGCUAGAUGAGGAUCCUAAAACAUAGCCCAUGAUAAACGGACAGAAUUAGGGACUUUAUCCGUGACAAGGUCAGGCCAAAGCCAGCUGCCGAGACACAGGGUAGAGGAAAGCUGGCUAACAAAUAAACGCACCUAUGAAAAACAGUUGGGGUAGUUUUUACCAUAAUGAAAUAAAAGCCCAGACCGUGAUGUUGUCACAAGUUACCACAAAUGUCGUGGCUUCGAACAACACACACAUAUCAUCGCACUGUUUCCAUGCCUGUGUUCCUGGGGACUCCCAAGGCUGUGAUCGGGCCGGGUUCUCAUCUGGAGCUCACUGUUCUCCAGGCUCAUCCGGGUUGUUGGCAGAAUCCAGCUCCUGGAGGCGGCAGGACUGAGGCCCGUGCUCCUAGAGGCUGCCCCUUUCUGGGGCCUGUUCACGGAAGAACUGUUUGCUUCGAGUAUCUCCUGCCAGGAAGGGCGCAGACAUUUAUUAAAAGCUUUCACCUGAUUGAGUCAGGCCCACCCAGGCUAGCUCCACUUCGCUUUGGGACUUUAAUGACUUCUGCAAAGUGCCUUCCCUGCUGCCAUUUGCCUGAUUGCCAGAGUAUUAUCCAUCUCUCAUUUGGGUUGAAUUGCAGUAAGGGAUAAGAAGGAAAUGGGAAGCUGGACAAGCUUCUGUCGGUUAGAAGUGCUCAGUUCCAGAGCUGCACGGGGGAGGGGUGUUUGCAAACCGGAUCAGGCCCAGAGGUGGGGAAGGCACUGGGAAAAAGUCACAGCAACAGAUAGAGGUGGAGCGGGAUGUUUUUCUGAGGGAAAACAAAGGGAGGAUAUAAUGUCUUCAGGUUGCUGGAGGGCAGUUAUGGGGAGGAGGAAUUUGGCAUGCUGGUGUUCUGGCCUCCGAUGGGAGUGAGGAGGUGUCCUGGGGCACUCAUUCCAGCCCGGUGCUCGCCUGCAUUCCUUCGUGGCCCCCUCAGUUCAGUGACUUGUCUGAAUUCCAGAGGAGUACGGCGGGUCCAUAAUCUUUAGCAAACAGAAAAACAGCAGAAACGUGGCAGUGGCACGUUUUCAUUGGAAUGAAGGGCAUGCUCAGAUCCAAGGAAGGUACUUCCUUGCCUUCUCUGGGUCUCUAGAACCUGAGAUGAUCCUUGUAGCAACAGAAAAUCAGGACACCAGCAGCCUUCGAAAGUGGACAGCAGUCAGCCUGCCUUGAAUAAAAACAUUCGCACAGGUAGUUCGUAUUUAAUCAUGUAAGGGACUCAUACCAGGUUGAAAAAAAAAAAUACUAACAGCCACAUUAUGAGUUGGAUCUUGCCGGAGGCAUGGGAGUUGACACGUAGUCACCCUCUUUGCACUGCAUUCCUACAAAUCCUCUCAAUAUUACAAAAACCCAAGUCAUUCCUGUAUUCUUGAGGUCUCCAGCGUGCAUUUGUUUUUCCACGGGUUUCUGUUUGGUGGCAUGGAAAAUGCAUGGGCUCCGGGGUCAGGUAGGCUCUGUGCUCUUUGAACCCCAGACAUGGCUGCAUCUUACUGGGCCCAUUUGAUUCUCUAUAAAAUGAGGAUGAUUCUCUUCUCCAACGGAACAAAAGAGUCAGUACUUGGUUGGUGCUUCAAAACUAAUAUUUCUCCUACUUUCUGAAAAUACAUCUGACGUAACUGGACAAGAAUCCCUGAACAUUUAGAAAUUUAGUUUUAGCCAUACCAUAAAGUGAGUGGUGUGAAAGUCUGCUAAAUAAGAUUUGCUAAGUAUCAGGACAGAGGAGAGAAUUGGCAUUUGAGGUUUCUGUCUCCUGGCAACACUAGGUUCUUUAUACAUCAUACCUCUUUUUCUUUUAAUUUUUUAAAAUUUUCUUUAUUUUGAGAGAGAGCACAAGUGGGGGAGGGGCAGAGAGAGAGAGAGGAGAGAGAGAGAAUCCCAAGUAGGCUGUCAGCACAGAGCCCUGUGUGCGGCUUAAACUCAUCACCGACUGAACGCCUACAUUGUAUCUCCUAAUUUUCACAAACUCACUUUUUACUGUGAAGAUAAGGAAAUGGGGGUUCAUCCCGGCCCCACGAGACACAGCGGGGAUGCAGAAUUCAAGCUCAUGUGUAUUUAGCCCCAUGUUUCAUGGGACCCUGAGUUGGACAAUACUCAUGAUUUGAACAUCACUCUGCCCCAGGAACACAUGACCUUCUUCCACUAACGACUUCCUUUAUGCCUUGGACCUCGUUUAAAACCAUUAUUAAUAGUAUUUUAAAAGCUGCUGUUGGGGUGCCUGUGUGGCUCAGUUAAGCAUCCAACUUCGGCUCAGGUCAUGAUCUCACGGUCUGUGAGUUCAAGCCCCGUGUCAGGCUGUGUGCUGACUGCUCAGAGCCUGGAGCCUGCUUUGGAUUCUGUGUCCUUCUCUCUCUGCCCGUCCCCACUUGUGCGCUCACUGUCUCUCAAAAAUAAAUAAAUGUAAGAAAAAGAAAAAAAAAAAAAGCUGCUGUUUGUCAAACACUUACAUAUACCAGGCCCUGUGCUAAGUAAUUUUCAUGAAUUGUGUAAUUUCUAUAUUGGUUCACAAUUUCCCUGCUUAAUAUCUCCAGUGUCCAGUGGAGGAAAGUGAAUCUCAGAGGGUGAUUUGCUCAGGUUCACGCAGCUGGUCAGUACAGAAUCAGGGGCUUCUGAGCCGGGGACACUCUUAAUGCCUUAAAACCAUAAUGACAGCUUGUAAGAUUUAUAAAAAAAAAAGAAAGAAAAAAAAAAAAGCCUGUGGUAAUCCAAAAAAGUGAGAUGAUUUUGCUCCCUUGGAGGAAAAGAGAGCAUGAAAAGACAUAUCACUAGAGUCUGGGAAAAAAUGAAGCUGUGGCUUUUCUGUCGGCCACGUCUUUUCUUUCCUGGCAGUCUCUUGGAAUGAAACCAUCUAUUCCAGAGUUUUCUGCUUUAAUAGGAGCUGCAGGGUGACUCUUUUCUGUCCUGCUUUUAUCGCUCUCCCCUUCCUUUUGUCUGCCCGCCCUGCUGCUCAGGGUACCGGGGUGAGACCCCCAGCCUGGGCAACCUUGACUCCCCUGCCCAGGCGGGGGGGGUGGGGGGGGGCAAGGAUGGAGGGUGGCCACCCAGCUGUGGACAAACAGCAGCUGGCAGGCCGAGCCAGAGGGACGUGUGAGAUGUGGGGCUUUGACGGCCCAUGAGAGAACAGCAUUUUUAUUUUCCCUUUGUGUUUUCCCUUCUAAGCCAUGAAUCGGUCUCUCCCUCUCCCUCUCUCCCCCACCCCGUGCCCCUCUCCCGUGCUCUGUCCACCUCCUGUUGCAGGCUUGCACGCUUGCAUUUUUUUGGUACACAAUCCUAUCCUAAUAUUUCUCUUUCCUGCAGGCAGGAAAUGAGAAACCCAUUUUUUUAGAGCCAUUCAGGAAGUCGUCCAGAGUUAUAAUGGCCCAUUAUCUAAUGGUCAGAGUUUACUUAGGCUUUCACUGCUCCCACUGCCCACUUGAAACAAGGGAAAAUAUUUCCCCCACCGCCACGAGGGUGCUAUUCACAUCUGACCACAAAUGCUCAGAGGCUGCGCGUUUUCCAUCGAGAACUCGAAGUCGGCAAAACCGUGUCGUGGUGCCCAGCACAGCAGUUCACUUUGCCAAGGCACAAGUAACCGGCUCACCCAGUUGGGCACUUUUGAGGACCACUUUCUCAGCCUGCAGAGGAUGUUUAAUAACUGUGAGGUGGUCCUUGGGAAUUUGGAAAUCACCUACAUGCAAAGGAAUUAUGACCUUUCCUUCUUAAAAACCAUCCAAGAGGUUGCCGGCUAUGUACUCAUUGCCCUCAACACAGUGGAGAAGAUUCCUUUGGAAAACCUGCAGAUCAUCCGAGGAAAUGUGCUCUAUGAAAACACCCAUGCCUUAUCCGUCUUAUCCAACUAUGGCACAAAUAAAACCGGACUGCGGGAGCUGCCCAUGAGAAACUUACAUGAAAUCCUGCAAGGCGCUGUGCGGUUCAGCAACAACCCUGUCCUCUGCAACGUGGAAACCAUCCAGUGGCGGGAUAUCGUUGACAACGAUUUCAUAAGCAACAUGUCGAUGGACUUCCAGAACCACAUGGGCAACUGCCAAAAGUGUGAUCCAGGAUGUCCCAAUGGAAGCUGCUGGGGUCUGGGAAAGGAGAAUUGCCAGAAAUUGACCAAAAUCAUCUGCGCCCAGCAGUGUUCCGGGCGCUGCCGCGGCAGGUCCCCCAGCGACUGCUGCCAUAACCAGUGUGCUGCCGGCUGCACGGGGCCCCGAGAGAGCGACUGCCUGGUCUGCCGCAAGUUCCGGGAUGAAGCCACGUGCAAGGACACCUGCCCGCCACUCAUGCUCUACAACCCCACCACCUACCAGAUGGACGUCAACCCAGAGGGAAAAUACAGCUUUGGUGCCACCUGUGUGAAGAAAUGCCCCCGUAACUAUGUGGUGACAGACCACGGUUCGUGUGUCCGUGCCUGCAGUUCUGACAGCUACGAAGUGGAGGAAGAUGGCGUCCGCAAGUGUAAAAAGUGUGAGGGGCCUUGCCGUAAAGUUUGUAAUGGAAUAGGAAUUGGUGAAUUUAAAGACACACUUUCCAUCAAUGCUACAAAUAUAAAACACUUCAAAAAUUGCACCUCGAUCAGUGGAGAUCUUCAUAUCCUGCCAGUAGCAUUUAGAGGUGACUCCUUCACGCAUACUCCACCUCUAGAUCCAAAGGAACUGGAUAUUCUAAAAACUGUAAAGGAAAUUACAGGGUUUUUGCUGAUUCAGGCCUGGCCUGAAAACAGGACGGACCUCCAUGCUUUCGAGAACCUAGAAAUCAUACGUGGAAGAACAAAGCAACAUGGUCAGUUUUCUCUUGCGGUUGUCGGCCUGGACAUAACGUCCUUGGGAUUACGCUCCCUCAAGGAGAUAAGUGAUGGAGAUGUGAUCGUUUCAGGAAACCAAAAAUUGUGCUAUGCAAAUACAAUAAACUGGAAAAAACUGUUUGGGACUUCAAGUCAGAAAACCAAAAUUAUAAACAACAAAGAUGAAAAAGGCUGCAAGGCCGUAGGCCAUGUCUGUCAUCCGUUAUGCUCAUCAGAGGGAUGCUGGGGCCCGGAGCCGAAAGACUGCGUGUCCUGCCAAAACGUCACCCGUGGCAAGGAAUGUGUGGAGAAGUGCAAUGUUCUGGAAGGGGAGCCAAGGGAGUUUGUGGAGAAUUCCGAGUGCAUACAGUGCCAUCCAGAAUGCCUGCCCCAGGCCAUGAAUAUCACCUGCACAGGACGAGGACCGGACAGCUGCGUGCAGUGUGCACACUACAUUGACGGCCCUCACUGCGUCAAGACCUGCCCGGCUGGCAUCAUGGGAGAAAACAACACCCUGGUCUGGAAGUUUGCAGACGCCAAUCGCAUGUGUCACCUGUGCCAUUCAAACUGUACCUACGGCUGUUCUGGGCCAGGUCUUGAAGGCUGUGCAACAGAUGGGCCCAAGAUCCCAUCCAUCGCCACUGGGAUUGUUGGGGGCCUCCUCUUGGUGGUGGUGGUGGCCCUUGGGGUGGGCCUCUUUCUGCGCCGACGCCACAUCGUCCGCAAGCGCACACUUCGCAGACUGCUGCAGGAAAGAGAGCUUGUUGAGCCUCUUACGCCCAGCGGAGAAGCUCCCAACCAAGCUCUCUUGAGGAUCUUAAAGGAAACAGAAUUCAAAAAGAUCAAGGUGCUGGGCUCUGGAGCAUUUGGCACAGUGUACAAGGGACUCUGGAUCCCAGAAGGUGAGAAGGUUAAAAUUCCCGUGGCCAUCAAGGAGUUACGAGAAGCCACAUCUCCAAAAGCCAACAAGGAAAUCCUUGAUGAAGCUUACGUGAUGGCCAGUGUGGACAAUCCCCACGUGUGCCGCCUCCUGGGCAUCUGCCUGACGUCCACGGUCCAGCUCAUCACACAGCUCAUGCCCUUCGGCUGCCUCCUGGACUAUGUCCGAGAGCACAAGGACAACAUUGGCUCCCAGUACCUGCUCAACUGGUGUGUGCAGAUUGCGAAGGGCAUGAACUACCUGGAAGACCGGCGCUUGGUGCACCGUGACCUGGCAGCCAGGAAUGUCCUGGUGAAGACGCCACAGCAUGUCAAGAUCACAGAUUUUGGGCUGGCCAAACUGCUUGGCGCCGAGGAGAAAGAAUACCAUGCGGAAGGAGGCAAAGUGCCUAUCAAGUGGAUGGCUUUGGAAUCAAUUUUACACCGAAUUUACACCCACCAAAGUGACGUCUGGAGCUAUGGAGUCACCGUUUGGGAGUUGAUGACCUUUGGGUCUAAACCUUACGACGGAAUCCCCGCAAGUGAGAUCUCGACCAUCCUGGAGAAAGGAGAGCGCCUCCCGCAGCCACCCAUAUGCACCAUCGAUGUCUACAUGAUCAUGGUCAAGUGCUGGAUGAUAGAUGCAGACAGUCGCCCGAAAUUCCGUGAGUUGAUCAUUGAAUUCUCCAAAAUGGCCCGAGACCCCCAGCGCUACCUUGUCAUCCAGGGAGAUGAGAGAAUGCAUCUGCCAAGCCCUACAGACUCCAAUUUUUACCGCGCCCUGAUGGACGAAGAAGACAUGGAAGACGUCGUAGAUGCCGAUGAGUACCUCAUCCCCCAGCAAGGCUUCUUCCACAGCCCCUCCACAUCCCGGACCCCCCUCCUGAGUUCUCUGAGUGCCACCAGCAACAAUUCCACCAUGACUUGCAUCGAUAGAAAUGGGAGCUGCCCCCUCAAGGAAGACAGCUUCUUGCAGCGGUACAGCUCAGACCCCACUGGCACCUUGACUGAGGACAACAUGGAUGACACUUUCCUCCCGGCACCUGAAUACAUAAACCAGGCUGUUCCCAAAAGGCCUGCGGGUUCCGUCCAGAACCCCGUCUAUCACAAUCAGCCUCUAAAUCCAGCUCCUGGCAGAGACCCUCACUACCAAAAUCCCCACAGCAAUGCAGUGGACAACCCUGAGUAUCUCAACACCCACCCCACUUGCGUCAACAGUGUGCUCGAUGGCCCUACCCUCUGGGCCCAGAAAGGCAACCACCAGAUUAGCCUGGACAACCCUGACUACCAGCAGGACUUCUUUCCCAAGGAAGCCAAGUCAAAUGGCAUCUUUAAGGGUCCUGCAGCUGAAAAUGCAGACUACCUAAGGGUAGCACCACCCAGCAGUGAAUUUAUUGGAGCAUGACCACGGAGGAUAGUGUUGGCCGUCACAAUCUCCAAUGUUUCAGUCCCUGGGUCAAGCCACGGCAGCUACUCAGUGCUGAUAGUCAUGCCCACGUUAACUCUUGGACCCGUGGACUGGUUCAGCCAUAUUUGCUCCGAUGGGACCCAUCUUUCGUGCAGGAAGUUCCCCCUACUUGGAUGCACUUUGGGGAAGUUUCUGGGACAUUCCUUUAUCUUCGAACUGUGAGGCCUCCACAAAAAAGGCAUCCAGCAAGAAUAUUGUCUGUUUGGGCAGAAGUUCACCUUGCCAUGAGGUAUAUCUGAUGAAACAAACUGUGUAAGGAGUUUUAUUGCUUGGGGGCCCUUGGGGUUUUUAGUUGUCAUUGUUGAUUUUGUUUAUAAUGGGCUUUUCCAAUGAGGAAGAAGCUUGCUUGUAGCACUUGCUGCAGUGAGUUGAUCCAGGCCCAACUGUGACCAAGAAGCAAGGGUCAGCGUCUUCCAGCUAACAUUUGAUUCCACUGACUCUGCUUCAUGAUUCUUCCAUUGCAAGACAAAACUAGAAGUGCUCUAUGUCCUGAGCGGGACUUAUUGGUACUGUAUCAAGUCAUACCAGGUACGAGAGGAUAAAGCCACUUUGAACCCUUCCUGACUGAAGAAGAAACGGAGGGGGUGGGAAACUCUUCUUCAGACUUCUUUUUAUACAGGUUUCCUCAUGGUACUUACUCUCCAUUGGUUGUCCAGUGUUUUCUAGUUAUAAGUAUUAGACUUACUUGUUUAUUUUCCAUUCCAUUGAAACUCAGUAUGCUUUCCCUGUCAGUAGGAGGAGACGGUACAUCAAACCAUAACCAGCAUCGGCUCGUAUUUAGACCAAUAGCCUUUAAUCAAGAUGGAACAAUAAUGCAAAAGUUCACACAAGAACAUGGCUCUCAAAUUUGAGUCUCAAAGGAAAUACAUCAAGUCCCUUAGGGGUCAAGGAGUGGCCAUAUAUCGGGACACUGCUGAGGUACAGCCGCUCCUAAAACACUUUCAGCCUCCCACCACCAAAUUAGGCUACUUAUGGGAGAUAAUUUUCUUUUUAUGUCACUUUAGAAGAUUUUUACUCAAAGGGUACUUUUUUCCUUUCUGAUGAGCUGCCCCAAAGCGCCCGCCUCGCUCUUCGGGAAUGAAGGGAUCCAGGCUCUGAGGCCCCUGUGCGGGAACGCAUAGCCCUCGCCGCUGGGGGGCGCAUUUUACAGGUGGAAAUAAAGACAACAUUAUAUAUAGGGGAAGAAAGUGGUAAAUAUGAAAUCAGAGUUUGAAAUUGAUGACAAUGCCUUAACGACAUCUACGGGUAUUUUAGAAAAAAAAAAUUCCCUCUUAAAACAAUUUCCCAGUUAUUGGAAAAUCCAGAUAAUUUAGGACGUUAAGUGUUUUUCCAACCUGUGUUUCCCUGUAACCCGAUCGGUUCACGGCAGUGCUUUGUAUACAGUGUUUUAAACACUCUUAGUCAACAUCCAGCUUAUCAAGGGAAGAAUGUUGCAGACAGUAUCUCCAGCCUACGGAUGUGUUCAGCCACACACACACGCACACACACACAAUUGUCCUUUUGCUAUUAAAUUAUUGACUGUCAGGUCAGGGCCGCACAGCUUUGUCCCAAUGGUAUUCAAUACUCUUAAGCAACUAUUCCAGCCCAGCAUAAGCACUAACGAUAGAAAAAUAAAUAAAACAUAAUCCCGAUUCCAAGAAAUUCACAAUUUGGCCGAGGGAAUUGACUCAUAAAGGCCAACCUUAAAGCAACAUGAUGGGAUGGUAGGCAAGACAGGUCUGCCGAGCACGGACAGCACAGAACAGGGAAUAGUGGAUGGGCCCUGCCUGGGGGGACCUGGAAGGCUCUUCCGGGAGGGAGUGGUGGAGUUGGGUCAAAACAGGACCAGGGUCUUAGCCACAAGGGAAAUGGGACGUGUGUUCCAAGCAGAGGAAAACUUGACCAAGAAAGCAUCUGCCAGAGGAACCACCAAUGAAAGUGGGAGAAAAGCCUGCCUUAGGUGGUCUUUACAAACUGUUCCUUUAAGCCUGGGAACUAGCCUGUAACAUUUCCCAAGUGCCCUACAUGUGGGUCCUUAUGGGGAUUUGAAAAUGAUGAGCAAAAAGAUUAAACAUCGUUCUAAGAAUCUAACACUUUAUGCCAUUGUCAGUAAAGCACUUCUGUUAUUUAUUCACCUCAGAACAUAAAUAUUUUGAUAAGUUUCUCCAGCCCCAGGAAACAGAAUGAUGCACAUUUUUGUCACCACUUAUUUUUCAAGAAGCAAGGGACUAGUGAGGGAGAGCAACUGAAUGUGAGUUCAACUGUAGCAGUUAAAUCCUAGUAUUUUUGUAAUUUGCAAUAUUUUACUAUAACAUAAUAAAACGGCAAAAACUAUUCAAGCUUUUUCUUUUUUGUAUUUCAGCUUUCCUGCAUAAAAUCUGGUUGCUAAAUUCUCUUAAUUGUAGGACUGUGUUUCCCAAAAUGUCCUCACAAUGGCUAUCCAGGGAGGUGCAGAGGGGGCUUGUAGAUGCUUCAGAACCUGAGAAUGCAGAGCCCGAGUCAAGAGCCCCAGCCGUCACUGUGGGCAGAUGAGGAGAGGGCUCCCCACAGCACCAGUAUUUCCAUUUCAUGGCCCUGAUUGGCCAGGGUUCAAAGCUUCUACUCUGUCUCUUCAGUUCCUCCUUGUUGACACUGGGUUCAAAGACCCUGGAAAGAGCCUGUUCCUUCUCAGUCAGUUCCUGGAAACGUUCUCCUUGACCCCACCUUAGAUUUGGUCUUUGGAAACAGUUCAGGGAAAAGUAGUUGUAAGUGAACGCUUACAAUGGGCCAGCGUCCUCACACGUCUCAUAUAAACUUUAAGGAGUCCCUGCCGUCAUACUCUAUGAAACACACUUUUGUCACCUCACAAAGUAAAAAAGAUGAAUCUUCCAAAUUCUAGAUUUGCUGAGUGCCAGUUGUCACUGGUUUUAUAACCAGGAGCAUUGUGGAGGCACCAUAUUGCGUUCCAGUUGAUAACAAGGCUUAGGUAUUUGUUGAAAGUGCUUAAUCUGAAGGAUUCUGACUUAGUUUGGCUCAGGUGCAGCCUGGGCCCAUGGGCUUUUCAGAGCUUCCCCAGCUUAUUCUGAUGAGCACCAAAGUUUGGGGAAACACUGGUAUAAAGGAAAGGCCUAUGGGGAGGCCCGUCCCUCAGCUGGAGGCAUCCCGCUGGCCUGUUGCACACUCUCCAGGCCUCAGGUUACACAAGCAGGGGUCAAGUUGCUGAGUUAUGGUGACCCACAGAUCUCACCCUUGCUGCCAAACAGAAUCACCUGGUGAGCUUAAAAAGCAGGGGCAGGGUCCCUGCAGACCAAUGAAGGGGACUCUCAGGGCUCCCCACGUGAUCCUAAUGGGCAGAGUUAAACCCUCACCUCUAAGGUGACCUGUAAGGUCGUCUAUACCAUGCCCCCAAGUCAGGGCCGAAUAGAAAAGCCUGAGUCAGGUAAAGGAAGGUGGUGGAGUCCUUAAUAUUCCUGAGACUUGCCCACUCGUGACCGUUCCAAAGCCUCUAAUUCUUCGUCACUGGCAGCUUACCCUGAAAGUGGCAAAUACCCAAACCUGAGCCUCCGGAAAGCCCCGGAACAGUUUGCAUUUUCUAAGAAGUUAGAAAAAUUGUCUCUCUCACAGUGAGGCGCUCACCGCGUGACAGCUGGUGGAAUUGCCCUCAACGUCUACUUUGCAUUUCUCUUUUGAUAAGUGAACGUUUUUAUUACAACGUAACAAUCUGUUUAUAUUUCCUUGCCCACGGGCUGUAAAACCUUACUGAAAAGAAAUCCCUGCCUCUAUUACCAGCCACACCUGCCAUCAGGGGCAUACAUUUUUGUACUAUGAAAGACACACUCACAUAGGGUUUGUAAAUGUUAAUCUAUUUUUGUAACUUUUUUUUGAGGAAUAGUAGCCUCUCUUGUAGCACUGAACUUUGUAAGGUAUGUUUUUAGAAAAACUCAUUUUUCUACUAAAAGUUAGACUGAAAUAGAAUCAAAAGUCGAAACUGAAAUCUUUGAAGGGAUUUAAAGCAAUGGAACGCUCCUCUUUCUCAUAAAAAGGCACAGCCUCGUCGCAGAGCUAAGCUAGGUCAUUGUCCUGAUAAAGAGGAAUCAUGCCUUUUAUAUUUAUAAAAUGAGAAAAGGUAAAAAGCACAUAUGGUUUAGUCUUCCACUAAAGCAGGCUCUCUCCAUGUUAGAGAAAAAGAAUGACUUUGUUAUUGCUAACACGGAUCCAACUGCAUGCUAUGCUGUACUCAACUGCCAGCAUGAUCCUGUCGAUGUAAAAAAAAAAAAGCAAUAAUAUAGCACUUUGUUGGUUUAUAUACACUAAUCUGACUUUGAUACAAAUUAUUUUUAUUUUUAUAUUUAUAGCUGAUAUGCAUUUACCAAUAGACUAAACAGAUCUGCAGAACCCUAAUAAUGUUCAGCAUGUUUUGGUUACUCAGUACACUGAUGAAGUCCAUGUUUCCCAAGCCGCCUCAUGACCUCACCUUCCCAUUCCCGAAAAAGUGUUCUCAGCCCCUGGCUGCACAGUGAAAUCCCUUGGGGAGCUUUUGAAACUAGUGAGGUCCAGCUGCACCCCAGACCAAUUCAAUACAAAUCUUUAUGGGUGAAAUCCAGGCAUCCGUGCCUUUGAAAGCUCCUAAUGGUCAUUCUGAUGGACAGCCAAGGUUGAGAACCACCAACCUAGGUGCCUGGACAACUUAACACUUCAAGGACCUCAGUGCCAGUUGCUUCGGGGGAGGACAGGUUCCAUGACAAGCUGCCCAAGCACUAGAAGGGAGAGGUUUAACCAGCUGAUUGAAAAGGGAAGGAAAUGUGGAACAGAUAGGUUUUUCCAUUCCCCCUAUUAAAGGUGGACUGGUGGUAUAAUAAAGGCAGAGAGCAUUCUCACUACUGGUCCAACCAACAUGGCACCCAUCAUAAGCAGGUAACUUUUGUUUGCCCGGCUAAAAUAAAACAUUGACAUAUAUGUUACAUUAUAAAGGGGAGACAUUAAGAAGAUUGUGUAAGUAGCUGGGUGGCUUUUACAAAACAAUAGUCCAAGAAAAGGAUUCUUGCUUUAAGAAACACUUUUAUAUAUUUUCCAUAAAUUGCAUCUGGGGAAAAAAAAACCUAAAGCAAUUAGGAUUUUCUCUUCCAUGGUUAAAACUUUACAGCCACGUUACGCCCUCCGAGGUCACAGGUCUGUCCUGUCUAAAUUGCCCACAAAAGUUCUUACUAUGCAUCCCCACCCUAUCACCUAGCAGACGAAACUUCAAGGAAAAGCAUACUUUUUUUUUCCUUAGGUGCAUUUGUUAUUUUUAAACCCUUUGACCUGAUUUGGUUACAAAACAAUCUUAUACUGUAACACCAUGUCUUAGAAAUGAAGAGAUCCUAUAGAUCUGAUGCCUGAUAAUCAGGGUGACCAUGUCCAGUUAACAACAGACAGCAAUACCUUCAUUUCUAAAACAAGCAAGCAAUAGCUUUAUAGCUUCUAUAUAUGGUACGUCUUAACAAUGUAAAAUUUUGCUGUGAUGAAAGCAAUAUGUGUACAAAUGAAAAGCAAGAUUCUCUUUUAUAUGGUUUACACUGUUGAUCAGAACAUGUUGAUUGUAUAUUGCGUAUUAAAAAAUUAGAUGUAUAUUAUUCAUUGGUCUUUUCUUAUAAGUACCUUAUAAAUAAUAAUAUUGUAUCCUUUGUUAGUGAUGCAGUGUUGACAGUAGUUAUUAAUCACAUCUAACCUACUGUAGAUGUUCUUUCCCGAUAACUUUUUUAAAUUAAUAAACUUUAUUUUUAGAGCA